GCUGUGGUCUAUUUAAAGCGGGUCAUCCAGCCACGGAUGAAAUAGCAGAAGAUCCACAGCCUGGUCUGGAUCUCCAAAGCUCCUCAUCCAGUCCUGAUUUGAUCCAAGCUGCGGCUCCAAGUCUCCUUGCUUUAAACAAGCGGCCCUCUGACAGAACCGGGGCUAUUGAGCUCCUCAUUUUUAUUUUGUACAUUUUAUAUUGAUUAUUAUAUUUUUUCUACACAAAAAUGGGGAGAGACUACUACAAGACGCUGGGGAUCUCCAAAGGAGCAACAGAAGAUGACCUAAAGAAAGCUUACAGAAAACAGGCGCUCAAAUGGCAUCCUGAUAAAAACAAGUCCGCAGCCGCCGAGGAGAAAUUUAAGGAAAUCGCCGAGGCUUAUGAAGUCCUUAGUGAUCCAAAGAAAAGGGAAAUUUAUGAUCAAUACGGAGAAGAAGGUUUGAAAGGAGGAAAUGGACCUGCUCCUGAUGGACAAGGUACCAACUUCACCUACACCUUCCAUGGAGACCCUCAUGCAACUUUUGCCACUUUCUUUGGCGGCUCCAACCCCUUCGAGAUGUUCUUUGGCCGUAAAGCGAACGGCAGAGAUGACGAGGACAUGGAGGUGGACGGAAACGACCCCUUCGGCUCCUUCACCAGCUUUAACCUGAACGGCUUUCCUCGGGAUGGGCACGGAGGGCAGCAGCGCCGGAAACAGGACCCGCCUAUUAUACAUGAACUGAGAGUCACUCUGGAAGAGGUCUUUCAGGGCUGCACCAAGAAAAUGAAAAUAUCACGCAAAAGGCUAAAUCCAGACGGAAGGACCAUGAGGACGGAGGAUAAGAUUCUCACCAUUGAGAUCAAGAGGGGCUGGAAAGAGGGAACCAAGAUCACGUUCCCGAGGGAGGGAGACGAGUCACCCAACACCAUUCCUGCCGACAUUGUUUUCGUCAUCAAGGACAAACCUCAUCCUCACUUCAGGAGGGAAGGCUCCAACAUUGUGUAUCCAGUUCGUGUGAGUUUAAGACAGUCAUUGUGCGGAUGCUCCGUCACCGUGUCCUCCAUAGACGGGAAGACAUCUCACAUGAAGAUCACUGACGUCAUCAAGCCUGGAAUGAGAAAAAUCGUAGCUGGGCAAGGCCUCCCCUUACCUAAAAACCCUGAACAGAGAGGAGAUCUGGUGGUAGAGUUUGAUGUGAACUUUCCAGAGACGUUGCCUGGGAACGCCAAGGACGUGCUGAAACGACACUUACCCACAUAGGACAAGAGGACUGGGACUCCACGCCGACGGCCUGAUGACAAUUACUUCAAUCAAGAGACACUUUUCCCGCAAGGACAGUUCUGCACAGAUGGACCCCAACUGAUGAAUGUGUGGUGUCUCUUUUAGAGCUAUUUGGUGUUUUCAUAGAUAUCGUGCAUGCUGCCAAGCUGAUACAAGUGCAAGUGAGAGACUGCUUGAGCUCUGACUGUUAUGUGAAACUACACGCUUGUUAUAAGUGGCCCUUUGGUUGGAAAUAGCUGCCAAAAAUCCCAUUCAUGUUGGGAAAACCUUUGUACUGAACAAAACAUUUAGAUUUUUUUUUUCAUGAAUUGAUUAGAGGCCGUUAUAAAAUACAAGUCCUUGAUUGUGAGUUCUAUCAAGUUUUAGAUUCUCAUGCUCAAUUGUGGUGUAAUUUAGUUUGGUUUUAGCUAUUGUUUGGCACAUUUUGGAUCUUUACAUGCAAAACUUGAAUUUAAAAAAAAAAGGGAAGAAGUUUUUACCUAAAUAAUCCUAAGAAUCAUUCUCUUGAAAUAAGCUGUGUAAUAUUAGGAUCGCUUCACAACAUGCUGCUUAUGAAUAUUUAUAGUCUGUGUAGCAAUAUUGCAAAAAAGGCUCAUUUAAAGCCCAUAGAAAUGAAAUUUGUACAUGAAAACGAAUGACAAAAUGGAACCUACUUGUAAUUGAAUCUAUAUUUUGAUAGUCAACUGUGAUUUUUCUGAUGUUGUAAAAUACACAGUUAUUUUUAUUUUGAUGUGCAAAAUUCCAAAUUAAAUAUAU